AUGAUGAUCACCAGCAGUAGCAGCAUUACCAACAGCAUCAGCAGCAGUAUCCAUUCCGGCGGUUCAGCGGCAAGUGUCAGCGCUUCCUGGAGCCUGACACCGACGUCACCCUCGGGGACAGGCAAAAAGUCAUCCUCUUCUUCUUCUUCCGGUUCGAGUGCUCCGGCCGCUAUUGUCAGUAGUAGCAGUAGCGGAUUCUCGUCACCAACGAACCCUCUAAACUUCGACAAGAAAGCUCUGUCCUCCUGCCGGUACCAGCAAGAAAAGGCCGAUUUCUAUCAGGACGCAUCUAGUCGAAUGCUGGCCCAAGCAUCAUCUUCAGCUUACUCGUUCCAGGAAUCAGCCCUUGCCGCGGCCGCUGCUGCUGCAGCCGCUGCCCAGCAGCAACAACAACAACAAGCUCAACAAGCCGCCGUGGCUGCCGCCGCUGCUCAACAAGCGGCCGCUGCUGCUGCUGCCGCCCAGCAACUAACGGCGGCCAGCAGUGCGUCCAUUUUCUCACCACAUUUCGCCCCCGGAUCGUACGUAACCGGUCCGAUGCAGGUCGGAUCGUAUGAUAGCUCGGCCGUAACGGCCGCUCGCUCUUGUGCUCUGCCGUCACCCACCAUUUAUCCGCCGACCCCCCCACCCUCGGCACCCUGGAUACACCCUUGGUAUAGCGGCGAUACCUUUUAGUCAGUAGCAUCUAGCAGUAUUGAAACUUCGUUUUUAAUCGUAACCAAACUCUUUCAAAUUACUGUUGAAAUAAAACUUUCCAUGGAAAUAACGACUAAUUUUCAUAAUUUAGUGUCAAAUUGUAGAAAACAAGGAUCAAAGGUCCUUAUUCUGAAACCAAAAAUUCUCAGUAUCCGGUACAUCCAAGCACAAAUCCGUAGAACCGCAGCUCUAUCCAACUUAACGUGAGACAAACAAUUGAACAAGUAAUUGUGUAACCAAAAAGAAGCAUUAGCAGUUAAUCGAACUACAUGAAAUGUCAACAGGUUAUGCUCUCCAUGCUUCCUAUCUACAGAAGUGAUCCGAAACCGACGACAUCGAUCGGCAUUUUUCCCAUUUCAACACACAAUUACUCUCCCUAUCCAAAAUUUGAUUGUUCUUCUACGCAUUCAAAACAAAAAAAAAAUGCUAUCCAAACGUCAUAAAUUGAGAUAUCGAAAACUAAAGUUACUACUACUUGUAUUUUAAAGCUAAACUUGAGAAGCAAGAGAAGGAAACUCAAUUCACUAAUAAGCAUUAAACUGUACAUUUAGGAAUAAAAAGAAAUUUGUGAAGGACAGCGAAUCCUUAGAAAAUAAUUCUCGCAGGAAAAGAUACAGAGAGAAGAUGGGAAACAUUAUUGUAAUGUAACUUAGCAAGAAAGCGCAAAAACAUGAAAAGAACUGAAUAGACUUGAGAAGCGAUUCUCCCCCCUAGCGCCAGUCGGACGGAAGGAGGGUAGAAGAAAACUUACAUCUGUAGUAGGAAAAAAAAUCGAUUGGCGAAGAUGCGAAAUGAAAAAAAUAAGAGUUGAAAGCAAUUCGUUUUAGCUUUUUCGUCGUUAUACUCUAGAAAGCGAAACUCGCUUCCCCUCCCGCUGCUGCUCAGUGCGGAGUUAUUCGCAGUCGAUGAUAGGUGAACACUGUCCAAUUCGAUCGAAUUCUUUUUAUGCAUUAAGUAGGAAAUGAAACCGUAAUUAUUGUACAUUUAGUUAUGCCUAACCUAUUUAAGCAGAUAUUCGAGGGUUGAUAGCGCAGGGAUCUGUUUGUAGUAAUAGCGAGUGAUGAGAACUGAACGUACGAAUGAGAAUAAAGUCCCAGUAGGUUGUAAGAAAAAAAAAACACAGAGGAGGUGUGCAAACGGUUUACAUUCUGUUAUAGAGUCAGAACUCUAGCGAUGUUUUAGUUUUGAUUGAACAAAAAAGAGAAAUAAAUUAUAUGUUUUUAUUUAUUUUUAUGAUUACGAAAACAUGAAAGCAUCAUCAUGCACUCUUUAGUUGUAACGCUACAAACUGUAUACCCGUUGAGGAAAAAGGCUACUUGUUUAUAUUAAAUAUGUCUCAACUAUCAGACGAGAAGAAAAAUAAAAUACGCUAUCAGUGUAACGUAAUUCUUCUAGUAGAAGGAUCUCGUGAAUCAAACUAUAA